CCUCAAAAUUAUCCGAAUAAUGAACUCGUAUUGUUUACAACGUACUUACAGUCGCGGCGUCCGCUAAGUGUUGUGCCGCGAGGACUUGCGUCGGUUUCGCGCGGAAUGAACUAAAAGGCAUCACUAAUCUACCCAUCGAGCGCGCUACCAGUAAAAAGGCCGACGCGUUUUCUAUCGAUGCUUUAAAUUCGAUUAAGCAGAGCUUUUUUUCUAGCCAGGAUCCUGAUUGGUUCGCUGCGGUUACACGGAUAUCCGGUCAACACACUAGCAAAUAUUUGACUCUGGUUCGUUAUCGUGCUUGAUUUAUUUAUUUAUUUUGAUAGCAUAUAACUAAUACAUGCUCAUUUAUAUGUCCAAUGCUCUGUAUUGGGACGUUUUAUUGGCAAUAAGCAAGAUGAGCACAACGAAGGCGUGUUGUGUUUCUCCGCCCACCCCGGAAAACUGAGGAGAGCUUCGGAUAUUUUUCUUUUUGAGGUGACGUGGAGUCAAUCAAGACAACUAUUUGAAUGUCGAGAAUUCGGAUCGAAGUAUCGAAGCAAAGAGGAGUCGGACGGGGCCUGGAGGAGUCUGACAGAGAAACAGGCCUUUUUCACUGUGGAAGAAGACACCUGCCUGGGCCCUGCUGGAUGACGACGAUGAGCCUGCACUGCGUCUUGAUCCUGGGCUUCUUCUCAGGCGGGACACUGGGCUACAAGCAGGGGGACAACGUGACCCUGUAUGUCAACAAAGUGGGUCCUUAUCAUAACCCCCAGGAGACGUAUCACUACUACACACUGCCUGUUUGCAGGCCGGACAAGGUGCAUCACAAGUCCUUGAGUCUGGGAGAGGUCCUGGAUGGCGACAGAAUGGCCGAAUCGUUGUAUCACAUUCGCUUCAGAGAAAACGUUGAGAUGAAAACCCUUUGCCAGCUCACAUUGUCGGAGGAGCAGGUGGACCAGCUUCACAAGGCCAUCGAAGAGCUCUACUACUUUGAGUUUGUCCUGGAUAAAAUUCCAAUCUGGGGCUUUAUGGGGUACAUCGAGGAGAGUGGCUUCCUGCCUCACAGCCACAAAGUCGGCCUAUGGACUCACCUCGACUUCAACAUCGACUACAAUGGCGACUCCAUCACGCUCGCCAGCGUCUCCGUAAAGGACGUCAAGCCCGUGCCGUUGGAGGAAGGGAGCGGAGGCCUGAAGGUCACCCACACGUACAGUGUGCGCUGGUUCGAUUCUCUCCCGCUGAACCCUGAGCACGUCCGAAACAACUCGUUUUUCCCCAAAACACUGGAGAUCCACUGGCUGUCUAUCAUCAACUCCCUGGUGCUGGUGGUACUACUGCUGGGCUUCGUCAUCAUCAUCCUCAUGAGGGUCCUCAGAAACGACUUUGCCAGGUAUAAUGCGACGGAGGAGGCGGGCUGUGACGACCUAGACCAAGGAGACAACGGCUGGAAGAUCAUACACACUGACGUCUUCAGGUUUCCUCCUUACAAAAGCCUACUCUGUGCCAUUCUCGGAGUGGGGGCUCAGUUCCUGACCCUCGGCACAGGAAUCAUCGUCAUGGCGCUCAUGGGGAUGUUCAAAGUUCACCACCAUGGCGCCAUCAACUCGGCGGCCAUCGUCUUGUACGCCCUGACAAGCUGCGUGUCGGGCUAUGUGUCGUGUAGGUUUUACACGCAGAUGAACGGCAAGCAGUGGGUGUGGAACAUCGUCCUCGCCUCAUCUCUCUUCUCAGCUCCUCUGUUCCUGACCUGGAGCGUGGUCAACUCCAUCCACUGGUGUAGCGGCUCCACUCAGGCCCUGCCGGCCACCACCGUGCUCCUCCUGCUGGGCGCCUGGGUGCUGGUGGGGUUCCCCCUUACCGUCAUCGGCGGCAUUGUGGGCAAGAACCGAGCGGGCGGUUUCCAGGCCCCUUGCCGCACGCGCAACAUCCGCCGCCAGAUCCCCACCCAGCCUUGGUACAAACACACGGUCGUGCACAUGGCCAUCGGGGGCUUCCUGCCGUUCAGUGCCAUCUCUGUGGAGCUGUACUACAUCUUCACCACCGUCUGGGGCAGAGAGCACUACACGCUUUACGGCAUUCUGCUGUGCGUCUUCGUCAUCCUCCUCUCGGUGGGGGCGUGCAUCUCUGUGGCGCUCACCUACUUCCUGCUCUCCGGCGAGGACUACCGGUGGUGGUGGCGGAGUGUGCUGAGCACCGGCUCCACGGGCCUCUUCAUCUUCGUCUACUCCGUCUUCUACUACACGAACAGGUCAUCCAUGAGCGGGCUGGUGCAGAGCACGGAGUUCUUCGGCUACUCCCUGCUCAUGGCGCUGGUCUUCUCGCUAAUGCUGGGCAGCGUGUCCUUCUGGGCCUCGCUGGCUUUUAUUCGCUACAUCUACCGCAGCCUCAAGAUGGACUAGGUGUGCUGUGUGCAUUCUGGAGGUUAUCUUGGAGUAAUGGGAGGACGGGGCCUCCCAUGGUGGAAGCUGGUAUAGCAUAACGGGAUAUUACAGUGGGUACGGAAAGUAUUCAGACCCCUUUAAAUGUUUCAAUCUUCAGCCAUUUUCUAAAAUCAAAAAUGUUAAUUUUAAUUUGUAUUAAUGUACACUCAGCACACCAUCUUGACAAAAACAGAAAUGUAGAUAUUUUUGCAAAUGUAUUAAAAAACUCAAAAGUCACAUGUAGAUAAGUAUUCAGACCCUUUGUUGAUGUACCUUUGGCAGAAUUAUAGCCUCAAGUCUUUUUGAAUACAAUGCCACAAGCUUGGCACACCUAUCUUUGGGCAGUUUUGACCGUUCCUCUUUGCCGCACCUCUCAAGCUCCAUCAGGUUGGAUGGGAACUGUAGGUUUUCAUCCAGGAUGUGUAUAUCGCUGCAUUCAUCUUUCCCGACUAGUUUCCCAAUUCCUGCCGCUAAAAACCAUCCCCACAGCAUGAUGAUGCUGCCACCACCAUGCUUCACUGUAGGGAUGGUAUUGGCCUGGUGAUGAGCUGUGCCUGGUUUCCUCCAAACAUGAUGUCUAGCAUUCACGCCAAAGACUUCAAUCUUUGUUUCAUCAGACCAGAUCAUUUCGUUUCUCAUGGUCAGCGUUUUUCAGGUGCAUUUUGGCAAACUUUUUUACUAAGAAAUUGCUUCUGUCUGGCCACUAUACCAUACAGGCCUGGUUAGUGGUUUGCUGCAGAGAUGGUUGUCCUCCUGGAGGGUUCUACUCUCCAUAAAGGAAUAUUGUAGCUCUGACAGAGUGACCAUCGGAUUCUUGGUCACCUCCCCGACUAAACUAAGAUGAAUGCACCAAUGUACAUCCUGGAUGAAAACCAACAAUUCCCAUCCAACCUGAUGAAGCUUGAGAAGUGCUGCAAAGAGGAACGGUCAAAACUGCCCAAAGAUAGGUGUGCCACGUUUGUGGCAUCGUAUUCAAAAGGACUACAUCAACAAUGUAUUGAGCAAAGGGUCUGAAUACUUAGGUACAUACGUACAUAUGAUUUUUAAUAAAUUUGCAAAAAUAUCUACAUUUCUUUUUUUGUCAAGAUGGGGUGCUGAGUGUACAUUAAUGAUAAAUAAAAUUGGCUAUUUUGAUUUUCGCAAAUAGCUGCAAUGAAACAAAGAGUGAAACAUUAAAAGGGGUCUGAAUACUUUCUGUACCCACUGUAUAAAGGGAUGAGACCCAUCAGGAGUGAACCUUCUGUGUUUGGUUCUUUCUACACUUGUCAGCAUCGGUCUUGUGAUGAGAAGCAAAUGAGAUUAGAUGCCUUGUAGAGGUGACGGGGGAGCAAUAUUGACUGUGAUGUAAAUACUUUUUUCAAUAAAAUAACAUUAGUAAUAA